AUGACUGGUUCCGUGACAGCUGAGGCGUAUGAGGAGUUGGACAUUGAGGAGUUGAGGAGCAAACUCCAAGUGCUUGGCCUAUCGACCAAAGGGUCAAAGGAAGUGUUGAUUAGUCGACUUAAAAAAGUUGAUUUGACACGUAAGUCGAAAGAUCUCCCCAUGGAAGACAAUGAAGAAGAAGAAAGUGAAUAUGAAGACAAUUUGGAUACUCUGGAAGUUGGUGAACUGAAAGCUCGAUUACGUGCCUUACAACUCAAGGUGACGGGUAAAAAGGCGGCACUGGUCGAACGCUUGAGGUCAGCAGAGUCAACGGUGAAAAGUGGUGAAAUUGUCGAUGGUGUUAAUGGCAAGAAUGGCGAUAACUCUCACAAAGAAGAAGUAAAUGAUUUUGAAAAGUUGAAGUCCAAAGAUUUGAAGUCACGACUCAAAGAAUUGGGAUUGAAGACGUGGGGCACGAAGGCAGUACUGAUCACAAGACUAAAGGCGGCUCUGGAGGGAAAAGAUGACAGCAGUUCAGAAAGUGAAGAAAGUGACGAGAGUUCUGACAAUGACUCUGAAGACGACAGUCAGGGUAAACGAGAAACACAUGUUGUGAACAAUGGGCUCAACGCAGGCGAGAACAGUGGGAUGUAUCGUUUGUUCGGUUAUCCACGUUCUACAUUGACGUUUAAAGAUGUUGAAGAUGCUCUUGAAAGAUUCAGUGGUGAUGGAAGCCAAAAUAUUCGACAUUGGUUUUCUACUUUCGAAGAAACCGCGGAAAAGUGUUCGUGGUCAGAGGCACAAAAGGUGAUUUAUGCAAAGAAGUUAUUAGAUGGAUCUGCAAAAUUAUUUGCAAAUUACGAGUGUCAUGCCAAGGAGUGGAGUAAAUUAAAGAAACGGUUAAUUAAAGAAUUUUCCAAAACGGUGAACAGUAAACAAGUGCAUGAACAGUUGGGUAAUGUGAAGAAAAAAAGUGACGAAAGUUAUGAAGCAUAUGUAUAUCGCGUAUUAGAGAUGGCUAGCCACGGUGACAUUGAGUUAGAGGCUAAGCUACAGUACAUUAUCGAUGGUAUUCAAGAUGAAGAAGUGAAUAAAUCAAUUUUAUAUGGUGCAUCGACGGUGAAAGAGUUAAGGAAAAAAUUGAAGCAGUAUGAGACGCAGAAGAAAAAUAGUAGAACGAAGGCGAACGUGAAGCAACCCCAGAAAAAUGAUAAGAUGAAGAUGUCGAAUCACACACGAGAUGGUGGAAAAAACAAAUUGCAUUGUUUUAAUUGUGGCAGCAAGGCGCACUUCGGUGAUAAUUGUCCAGACAAGGAAAAAGGGCCAAGAUGUUUUAACUGCAAUGAAUUUGGACAUUUGUCUACAAAGUGUACAAAAGAAAAGAAAAAUACCAGAGGUGAAAAGGGAAAAGAAGAAAAAAAAGAGAAGAAUCGUUGUGACGCGUUAAAAUCAGGGGACAAGAAAACAUAUAAGCAGGUCAAAAUUUUGGGUAAAGAGGUUACAGCUGUGUUGGAUUCAGGGAGUGACUUACAUCUGGUGCGGUCAAGUUGCUACGUGAGGCUCGGAGCUCCGAAGCUCGAGUCAAAGACCAUCCCUUUUGACGGUGUUGGUGCGCUAAACCAACGUACACUUGGGCGUUUUAAGGCGGAUAUAAUUAUCGACGAUUUGACGUUUAAAUUCAAUUUUGAUGUAGUUCCAGAUGAAUUUCUCGGACACGAUUUAUUAGUGGGUGGUGAAUUGUCUGAUCAUGCGGAAGUACGAGUAAAACACAGACAAGCAGUUUUGAAGAAAAUUGAAUCGGAUGAAAAUUUUGUGGAGACAGGUGACACUGGCUGGAAUGAGGUAUUGGUUAUCAAUGUGUGUGAAGUGACUGAAAAUGACUAUGAGGUUUCGAUUCAACACGUAAUUGAUCCACAAAUCAAGGGUGAAUUACGAGAGUUAGUGGAGAAUUACACACCGACGAAAACGAAAGAUACGGGGGUAAAAAUGCGGAUUAUUUUACAAGAUGAUGUACCUGUAUCUCAGCAUCCACGACGACUCUCAGCUGAGCAGAAAAAACGAGUGAAUGAAAUUAUUGAGAAGUGGAUCGACGAAGGUGUUGUGAAACCGAGUGUAUCCGAUUAUGCUAGCCCUAUAGUGCUGAGGGAGAAGGAAAAUGGGUCACUGAGACUCUGUGUUGAUUAUCGGUUACUCAAUAAAAAAAUCAUAAAGGACAGAAAUCCGUUGCCAUUGAUCGAGGAUCAAUUAGUCCAAUGA